GAUUGGUCAAACACAGAAGCUACUGAUUCUUGAUGAUGUUUGGACAAAGGAAUCUCUGGACCAGCUCAUGUCCAAAAAUACUCAUGGAUCCACAACUCUUGUGGUCUCACGGUCUAAACUCGCAGAUCCUAGAACCACCUAUGAUGUAGAGUUACUCAAUGAACAUGACGCAAUGUCUCUAUUCUGUCUCUCUGCUUUCAACCAGAAAAUAGUCCCUUCCGGGUUCAGCAGAAGUUUGGUCAAACAGGUUGUUCAUGAGUGUAAAGGUCUACCUUUGGCUCUGAAAGUCAUUGGCGCUUCAUUAAAAGACCGACCUGAAAAAUAUUGGCAAGGUGCACUGAACAGGUUAUCAAGAGGUGAACCGGCUGAUGAACACCAUGAGAGUAGAGUGUUUUCUCAUAUGGAAGCAACUCUGGAAAUUCUCGAUCCAAAAACCAGAGAGUGUUUCUUGGAUCUUGGUGCUUUCCCUGAAGACAAAAAAAUCCCUCUUGAUGUUAUCAUCAACAUGUGGGUUGAACUACAUGAUCUCGACGAGGAAACUGCUUUUUCCAUUCUUUUGGAUUUAUCAGACAAGAAUCUCCUUACUCUCGUGAAAGAUCCAAGGUUCGGCGCUUUGUACACUGGCUACUAUGAUACAUUUGUGAUGCAGCACGAUGUUCUAAGAGACCUAGCACUAAGUCUUAGCUAUCGUGGGAAAAUAAAUAGAAGAAAGCGGUUAUCAAUGCCGAAAAGAGAGUUGUUUCUUCCCAGAGAAUGGGAGAGGAGCAAUGAUGAACCAUACAAUGCACGGGUAGUUUCCAUUCAGACAGGCGAAAUGAAUGAAAUGGACUGGAUUGACAUGGAAUUCCCCAAGGCAGAAGUUCUAAUAUUAAACUUCUCCUCAGACAACUACGUAUUGCCACCUUUUAUUGCAAAGAUGGGCAAGCUUAGGGCGCUCUUAGUUAUCAACAACGGUAUGUUUCAUGUCCGUCUAGAAGACUUCUCCAGUUUCACUAAUCUGUCCAAACUGCGGAGUCUCUGGCUCGAGAUGGUUUACGUCCCCCGCAGUACGAUCCCACUGAAGAACCUCCAAAAGCUGUCCCUGAUCUUCUGCAGGAUCAACACUGGCGUUGAUCAGACAACACUGGACAUGAACCUAAUCUUCCCAAACUUGUCUGAUCUCACAAUAGAUCAUUGUGAUGAUCUGGUUGAACUACCUUCGACCAUCUCUGGGAUCACCUCUCUCAACUCCAUCAGCAUAACAAAUUGUCCCUAUGUCGGUGAAUUGCCUAAGAAUCUGAGUAAGCUAAUGGCCCUUGAACUUCUAAGGCUAUACGCUUGCCCGGAGCUGAAGUCUCUGCCUGAAGAACUCUGUGAGCUGCCGAGUCUGAAAUACCUUGACAUCUCUCAAUGUGCCAGCCUUAGUUUUCUUCCCGAAGAGGUAGGAAAGUUGAGCACGCUUGAGAAAAUUGACAUGAGAGCAUGUCCAUUACUGAGGCUACCGAGCUCUGUGGUUUCAUUGAGUUCUCUAUGCCAUGUCAUUUGCGACAAGGAGAAUUUGUGUAUGUGGGAAAAGAUUGAGAAAGCAGUUCCAGGACUUCUUGUUGAAGCCGCAGAAAAUUGUCUGGAUUGACUCAAUGGGUUGGUGCUUGAUCUCCUAAUAACAUGUUGUAUAAAUAAUUCAAUGCUGA